CUCCAGAACCUGCCGUCAGCCUGGCAAAGACACCGCGCCAGAUCACAGCACUAGUAUAACAGCUGCACGCAGGGAGCUCUCUACUGCUUCCUGCAACGCUCUGGCACUCUCUUAUUCUAACACACACACACACACACGCAGGCACGUCCAGAACUGUACCGUGCUCACGCACGCUCACUCACACACACACACACACACUCACACACUCACACACACACACACACACACAGAGGCACACAGAGGCAGGCUGGCACAACCCCUCUCGUUAUCUGUGCGGUGAGCAGCUCUGCGCGUGUCUCACUGAGCGGGAGGGCGUGUUUCUCCGGCAAGCAGCGGCUACAGUAGGAGCAGCAGGACCGGUCCAACCCAGACUCCGGGACGGCUCUCGCUUGGGACUCGGGGAGGGAAACCACUCGACGAGCCCAUCUCCAUCUCACCACCUCUACGUGACGCAGCGCUCCUGACCUUCAUCGCGCGGUCCACCGGGACAGCCAUGGAGGACAGCCUCACCUGCAGCCCAGCCACCUUCUCCCAGGUGUUCGGACGUCAGGGACAGCUCAUGCAGGCCACGGUCCAGUCUCUGAACAGUCUGAAUGACCAGAUUGCCCAUUUCAUGGUGACCAGGCCUAGCGCUCUGUCCCGGGAAGAUGACGCCUUCCUGCCUGGAGAGAGAGACACCUUGAAGAAAUCCAUGGCCCUGAUGAGGCACUUACUCAUGGAUGCGCAGGGGAAAAUCCUUAAAAUGAUGGAAGACAACAAGCAGCUGGCUCAGAGGAUCGAUGGGGCCAUCCAGUCGGCCAGUCAGGAGGUGACCAACCUGCGCUCUGAGCUGUCGGCCACCAGCCGCAGGCUGGCUGAACUGGGGGCCAGCAGCCCCCCCUCGCCCAUGGAGAACAACCACCCCCACCACCAGCACAACCACCACGACCAUGACAGCCUCCGCUACCGGGAUCCACCUGGUCAUCACAGGCAGAAGUCGGUGGUAAGCGAUACGUGCUACCAGACAGAGAUCUCCAGCCUUAUGGACUUUGGCACCCCAGACUCGUCGCUCGACAAAGUGUUGCUGCGUGAGGAGGUGGCCCAGCUGCAAGAGGAGGUGCACCUGUUGAAGCAAAUGAAGGACAUGUUGAGUAAGGACCUGGAGGAGACCCAGAGCCAAGGAGGCUGCUCCUCCCACCUCCUCUCUGCCACCGAGCUCCGUGUGCAGCUCGGGGACAAGGAGCAGGAGCUGGACCGUGCCAAGGAGGCUUUACAAGCUAUGAAAUCCGACCGUAAGCGUCUGAAGGUGGAGAAGGCAGACCUGGUUAACCAGAUGCAACAGCUGUACACCACAUUGGAGAGCCGGGAGGAGCAGCUCAGAGAUUUCAUUCGCAACUACGACCAGCACCGAAAGGAGAGCGAGGAUGCAGUGAAGGCCCUGGCUAAGGAGAAGGACCUGCUGGAGAGGGAGAAAUGGGAUCUAAGGAGGCAGACCAAAGAGGCCACAGAGCAGGCCUGCAUUCUGCGCUCUCACUUGGACAUGAAGGAGAACCGCAUCAAAGAGCUUGAGGCUGAGCUCACCAUGGCAAAGCAGUCCCUGGCCACGCUGACCAAGGACGUGCCGAAGCGCCACUCCCUGGCCAUGCCCGCCGAGCCGGUGGUGAACGGCAGCCAGGAGUGGGCCAUGCAGGGGGACCUGCCUCUGACCGCUGCCAUCCGCCAGAGCCAGCAGACCCUCUACCACGGACACACGGUGGACCGCCAGGCGGUCAUCAGGGUCAGCCCCUGUCACUCCCGCCAGCCCUCCAUCAUCUCGGACGCGUCGGCGGCUGACGGGGAUCGCUCGUCCACACCGAGUGACAUCAACUCCCCGCGCCACCGGACCCACUCUCUCUGCAAUUCUAUGGAGGACCUGGAGGACCAGAAGCGUAAGACUAAGAAAAAGGAGAAGAUGAGCCUGGGCUCUCUGUCCCGGGUGUUUGCUCGGGGGAAGCAGCGCAAGUCAAUGGACCCGGGCCUGUUCGAUGACUCUGACAGCCUCUCCAGCCAAUCAACACAGCAGCACAGCCUAUCGGACGGAGAGGAGCAGCUGGACCGCCUCCAGCAGGCGGAGCUCACUUGGAAAACGCCCAUGUCACUGUGGAAGGCAGGGGCUGUACAAGCCUGGCUGGAGGUUGUCAUGGCAAUGCCCAUGUACAUUCGUGCUUGCUCAGAAAACGUCAAAAGCGGCAAGGUCCUACUUGGGCUGACAGACGAGGAUCUGGAGCUGGGACUGGGCAUCAGUAACCCGCUGCAUCGCAGGAAGCUGCGUCUGGCCAUUGAGGACUACAGAGAGGCGGAGUCUGGACAGGGGCUGUCAAAGGCAGCCGAAAUGGACCAUAAUUGGGUCGCCAAAUCUUGGCUGAAUGACGUGGGAUUGCCCCAGUAUUCCCAAACCUUCCAAAGCCAACUGGUGGAUGGUCGGGUGCUCAACUCCCUAAGCCGACGGGACCUGGAGAGGCUCCUGAACGUCACCACCCCAGCCCACCAAACGAGCCUCCUCCUGGCCGUGCAACUCCUGCAGCUGGUCAACUUCGACAAAGAGGUUCUGCAGGCCCGCCGAGCCCAGUGUGAGAACCAGGACCAGGACCCGGUGGUUUGGACCAGCAACAGAGUCAUGAAGUGGAUCAAAGACAUAGACCUCAAAGAGUAUGCUGACAGUCUCCAAGGCAGGGGGGUUCAUGGCGCUGUGCUGGCUCUGGACCUCUCCUUCGAUGCAGAUGCCAUGGCCGUAGCCCUUGGAAUUCCCAGCCACAAACACAUGCUCCAUCGGCACCUGUAUGAGGAGAUGAAGGCUCUCGCCAUCCCUGCCAGGAAUAAUAGUGUGGACCAGGACUGUGAAGUACCUGAAACAGGAACGCCCCCACAAUCACCAUCUGCUGUCAGCCGCUACAAUGAGGAGAUGGUUUCUAUAAGACGAAGAUCAGGCAAGAGUCCUCUAAGAUUCAACCCGAAGAUCGCUAUUGGACGUGGCCUUGGUUACCAUGGCAGCUGUAGAUCACUGCCACGAGAGGCGCGGGUGCAGGCUGUGCCCAGGACAAAGGGGAGUCCCAUGCACAGCUACAAGAGUGUUGAGAUCACUAAUGUCUGAACUGUGCAGUACAUAUAGUCUACCACAGAGGAUUUACAGUAUAUGUAGUUUCUAUUCAGCCUGGAGGGACACUGGUGGACUGGUGGUAAAACGUGUUGAAUUUCAAUUGAAUUGUUGUCUGUUACCAAUGUAAGAAUUCAUUUUGGAAUUUAUCUUUUUGUGUAUUUUUUUUUUCGAGAUUUCUUUUGUGUAUCAAAUGUGUUUAUUAUGAAGAACACCUGUACAGUUUCUGAAGUGGACAGUUGAGCUUCUUUUAAAGUAAAAGAAAACUAAGCACAAUUUCCAACAAAAUAACAGAAUCAAAGCAUCACAAAGAAGAGGUGUUAAGACAGUGAAACCCAGAAAAUUGGAAAAUUGUCCCAUCAAAACCCCAAAUGAACUGGUGAUCCAUUUCUUAUCAAAGCAUGACCAUCCAAAUGUUUCUUACACUUUACUUUUAAUAUAUCAAGGAACAUUAUGGUAACAUUGUGUUGCAGUAUAUAUGAAAAAUGGACUGUAUAAAGAACCAAGUAACUUCUAGGCAUUAAAACCACCAUUCCAAAUCCAUGGGGGGUGAAAGUGGUAUUGUCCUGAUGUUGGUGAACAUGUUGCCAUGCGAGGAUGAUGGGCUGUCACUUUGGUCAAAAUCUCUGGAGGGAGUACAUAUUCCUGUUGUUCCUGCCCUUUGAUGACCAUGCCCUGUUUCCUGUGUCUGUUUCCUGUAACCGCACUUGAUUUUUUUUUACCCUUUUCCCUUCUAGCACUGACUGUGCUUAUAACGUCUUUAUUGUAAAUUGUACUUACUAUGUCUGAGUUGUGUGGUUGUCCAACCUGGCUAUCUUAAGAUAAAUGCACUAACUGUAAUUCGC